AUGGGUUUUGCAGCUCACAGGUGUUCUCCCAAGUGGGUGCAAAUUAGCACACGCCAAGAGAACCAUAGGGCGUGGCCUGCGCCUUCCCCCCCCCCUCCCCUCCCUUCCUCACCGGCGGCAGCAUCGGCGGGUGCGUGCGGGGCGGCAGGAGCAGCGCGGCGGCCGCUUUCCCGCCGCCAUGGCCGGAAGCACCGGGGCGGCGGGGGCCGUUGCAUCGUGAUUGGAGACGAUGAACAAGGUUACGACCUGGAUUUGUUCUGCAUCCCCAAACAUUACGCGGAUGAUUUGGAAAAAGUUUACAUUCCUCACGGACUCAUUAUGGACAGGACGGAGAGGUUAGCCCGGGAAAUUAUGAAAGGCAUGGGGGGCCACCACAUUGUUGCUCUCUGCGUGCUGAAGGGGGGCUACAAAUUUUUUGCCGAUUUACUGGAUUAUAUUAAAGCCCUGAAUCGGAACAGCGACAAGUCCAUUCCGAUGACCGUCGACUUCAUCCGCCUGAAGAGCUACUGUAACGACCAGUCAACCGGCGAUAUAAAAGUAAUUGGUGGGGAUGACUUAUCAACCUUGACUGGGAAGAAUGUCUUGAUUGUAGAAGAUAUCAUCGACACUGGGAAGACCAUGCAGACCCUCCUGUCCUUGCUCCAGCAGUACAAUCCAAAGAUGGUCAAAGUAGCAAGCUUGUUGGUGAAAAGGACACCCCGAAGCGUAGGAUACCGACCUGAUUUUGUUGGUUUUGAAGUGCCGGACAAGUUUGUGGUUGGAUAUGCUCUAGAUUAUAAUGAAUACUUCAGAGAUUUGAAUCACAUCUGCGUGAUCAGCGAGACCGGGAAACAGAAAUACAAGGCGUGAUCCCGGUUUCAUCCAACAGCAGCGAGACGUGAACCUGAGCUCCAGCCUCUCUCUGCCUUUCGGCCCAAAGACCAGCUUCGGAUUGUGGAGUGAUUCUCUCUCUCUCUCUCUCUCUCUCUCUCUCUCUCUCUCUCUCUCUCUCUCUCUCGUCAUAAUCGCUUGCUAUAACUUAUUGCAUGUACAGCAUGGGAAACUCAUCUUCUUCAUUUACAUUUGGGAAGUCGAAGGAAGUUUCCGCUUUCCCUUUUUUUAAAUUUGCACUAUGCAUCUCCUCUUCCUCCUCGCCCCUCCCUUAAGAAAAACAAAUUUCUCUCUCCCCCUCCCUCCCUCCCUCUCCCACCCACCCCUUUUAGAAAACCUCCUCCGCUCAUGAAAUAGUUAUAAGUACUGUAAAUGUAUAAGGCAUUUUAAGAUGGGAAAUCUAUAUUAGUAAUAUUUUUUAAAAAAACAAGUAAUUUAAGUUUUAUAUUGUAAUGGAAUGUAAUUGAGAUUUUUGGGGAGGGUGGGGGUGAUACCAGGUUGCUGCUCCAGGGGUGGGGGAUGGGAAAGAGGCACAUGAAGCACCUUUGGAUGGCCUUGGUGUCCUUGAAAGGCGCAUCGAUGCUCUUCUGCUAAGCUGCUUCUUGGAGUUGCUUUAGUUGCCUCUUGCAGGAUUAAAAGGAAAGAGUCUAUUUGGGUCGGGUGUUGGGGGGAAAUGCAAUGCAACAACGUCAACAAAAGUUCAGGAUUUGAGGGCAACCGUUGUCCGUUGGCAUCCGUUGGCUAAAGGCUGAUCCAAGGAAAAGCGACUUCCAGCCAGCUGGCCACACACAAGUUCCCCACACAAGCUUGUGUCUCGCUUGUUCUUCCUCCAUCAGCUGAGUUGCGUUGCCUUUCGCAUCCGACCCAUCGUCUUUGUAUUUUGUGCCAGUGGGGAAAAAAAACCCAAACAUGAUUGUAACGCUGACCCUUUGAGGUGCACAAAGCGGAUGUACUUUAAUAAAUAAAUGCUGUUUCUCCAAAGAGGCUGCCCAGGCAGCUGUGAGCUGGCUCCACCAUAUACUUAAAGCAAUCACCAGCUUUUGUGCCCUUUUUUUUUCUUCCUUGCCUCAGUUUCCCCAUCCUCAUCCCCGGGCAAUGAUUUCAGGGAAGAAUUCUGGCCUGUUUGGGCGGGGGUGGGGCAUGAGCAAUGAUUGGUCCCUUUGGGAAAACGCUGUUGGCGUCUGAGAAACCCACCUAGCAGACGGAGGAGCCCUUGUGUUCAUCACAGUUCCUGUUCGUUCCUAAGUUGUGCCUGCCUCUUCACAACCCCAUAGACCACCGCCUGCCAAUCCCUUCUCCUCCCCCUCCCAUAUCUCCCAUAGUUUUGCCCAAAUUCAUGUUUGUUGCACCCAUGACACACUAACCUCUGCCGUCCCCACCUUCUUUUAGUCUUUAAUCUUUCCCAACAUUGGGGUCUUUUCCAAUGAGUCCUCUUCUCUCUUGACUUCCAUAUGUGUGUUUCAGGGUCUUCUACAUUUUAGAGGUCUUGUCACAAGACUAAUUCCGAUGCCCCUAAAAAAUUACAAGUGCCUAAAAAUUUUAGGGGCCAUUUUUGCCCUUCCAUUCAGUCCUUCAGAAA